CCAUUGGUUUUCCUGCCCUCUUUUUUUUUUUUUUUUUUUUCCCCCCUGCCCUUUCUCGUUGUUAGUCUCUGCAGUUUCUAUUUAUGGCGAACCACUCGAGCACUGAAGAAGAGGAGAAACUAUUACGUUUCGCUGUGGAGCUCGGGUUUGAGGAGGUUGCUGCGAGAGAGUGUUUCAAGGACUUGGUGAAGACGUACGGUGAGGAAGGAGCAGGGUUCUUGACGUUGGAGAACUGUGGUGGCCAUUUCAUCCAGUUAUUGGCGGAUUCCUGCCACGUGGAGGAGGAUUGGGACACUGCCGUUGAUUUGGAGUGGGAGCUUAGUGAAGGAAAUCAGCAACAUGGCCAGGAAGGAGAUGCAGGAUGGAAUGACUUGGAAGAGGAAGAGGGACCGACAAAAAAAGAUUAUUCCUCUUCCCCUACUGAACAUGAUCAGAACUGUGGAGAGCCAUCCAAUGAGGACGACGAGGGCAGUGAUGAUGCCGACUGGGUUGCUGAAGACUGCGAUACAGAAGGUGACAAUGAAGGGAGUCCCAAGCAAGGUAGGGGUGUUACCGACCGUACAUGUUGGGUACCAGCAGAUAGGAGUGGUGCCAAGCCCACAGCAUGUGUGCCAGCAGGUAGAGGUGCUACCAAGCCUACAGGAUGUGUGGCAGCAGGUACGGGUGGUACUCAGCGUACAGGCUAUGUGCCAGCAGCAGGUGCUUCUUCUGCUGGUGGUGGGUCAACAAAGGGAAAAGAGAGAGGAUCGGUUAACAAGCGGGGUCUCCGGUCGGUAGUUGCUGAUGAUGACCUUAUUGUUAUCGAUGGUGGGAAUGAGGCGCGGAAAAGGAGCAGAAACGACAAUGAUACAUCAAAGCGUCACUUGGAGAGAGAUAAGAGGGGCGGUUGCUCGCUGUCAGCAAAUCAGUCUGUGCAGGAAGGAGGAGGAGGAGGCAGAGGAGGAGGAGGUGGAGGAGGAGGAGGAGGAGGAGGAGGAGGCGGAGGAGGUUGUGCUCCUGAUGUCAUGGACAAAAAUAUUUCAUGGCCUGAAGAGAAUUGCAGAGGUCAUGGUCUGAGCUGUGAUAAGGGAAUGACAGCACCUUUGGGUCAUGGGAGAUCGCCAUUGAGAGUGGAUGCACUCCAGUCUCUUGAUGAUUUGGAGCUUGCCAACGUGGCAGUAUUUGGGCAUAAGACGUUCCGUCCCUUGCAGAAGCAAUGUUGUGCGGCAGCUAUGCAGGGAAAAGACUGCUUUGUUCUCAUGCCAACUGGUGGUGGAAAGAGCCUGUGCUAUCAACUGCCAGCCAUUCUGUCACCAGGGGUCACAAUUGUCGUGUCUCCACUUCUUUCGUUGAUUCAAGAUCAGGUGUUUGCACUGGUGGAAAAUCUGCAAAUCCCCACUGCAUUUCUAAGUUCGGUGCAGACCUCUGGGCAAACCAUCUCAGUUCUGCGCGAGUUAAGGAAAAACUAUCCGACAUGCAAGCUUCUGUACGUGACGCCGGAGAAAAUUGUAGGAAGCGCUUCUCUGCAGAAUCUGCUCGACGAUCUCAAUCGCAAGAGGAAGCUCUCCCGAUUUGUGAUUGAUGAAGCACACUGUGUCAGCCAAUGGGGUCAUGAUUUUCGACCAGAUUACAAGGAGCUGGGUAUUCUGAAACAGCGUUUUCCCCACGUGCCGCUUAUGGCCUUGACUGCAACUGCAACACAUGCUGUUCGCCAGGAUGUGAUACAAAUUCUCCGGAUCCCUCAUUGUGUGGUCCUGGAAAGGGGUUUUGACCGUCCAAACCUUUCGUAUGAGGUCUCUAUCAAAGACAAAGAUGGCCAAGACUCGCUCAAACAACUUGGACAAAUCAUCUCGAAGCGGUUUGCUGGGCAAAGUGGUAUUGUCUAUUGCUUAUCCAAGAAUGAAACAGCCGAGGUGUGCAAGUACCUGAACGCCAAGUGUCGUAUCCGUUCAGAGUUUUACCACGCCGGUCUAAGCAGCCAGCAAAGAGUGAAGGUGCAAAACCGGUGGCAAUCGGGAGAGGUUCAGGUCAUAUGUGCCACCAUCGCAUUCGGAAUGGGAAUUGACAAAGCUAAUGUGCGCUUCGUGAUUCACAACACUAUGUCGAAGGCAGUGGAAGGAUACUACCAAGAAUCAGGCCGUGCUGGACGUGAUGGCUUGCCUGCUGUGUGCAUGAUUCGUUUCUCCAAGAAGGAUUUCACAAGAAUUGUGUGCAUGCUCCGUAUGAGCCGUGGGCGGAACAUGGCAAGGUUUCGGCAUGGAAUGGAAAUGGCACAGCAGAUGAAGGCCUAUUGUGAGGACAAGGUGCGCUGCAGGCGACAGAUGCUUCUUGAAUAUUUUGGUGAGGCGUAUGACCGUAAGGCCUGUCAGAUGGGGCUCAACCCUUGCGACACGUGUCGGGGCGUUCAUUCCUCCUCAACCCAACCGCAACAACCUGCUGCUUCCUCACGGAAAAUGCCAAGCAGUGCAAAGAAGAAAAAGGUGUCCAUCAAAACCUGACAUUCGCUUGUGUGCAUGUUGAAAAAAACAUUGGAUGUAGGGCCACCACUCCUCCCUCCCGGUUCCCUUCCCGUUCCCUCACCGAUGGGGGAUCGUAUCUUCAUCUUACGGCAUGCGUCCUUCUGGGCAUGAGCAGCAAUUCCUUUGUCUAUUUUCUGGUGAUGUCAACUUCGUGUGCUGAUAAUGUUUGUCUGUGUUAAAACUUCAAACUUAAAAGUUUAUUUUUGGUCUCCCAGUGGGAUCAGAUGGGGCUUGUUCUUGAAUGUGAAUGUAGUCGAUGACUUUUUUCUUUGUUUGUGAAUUCAGAGUUAAUUUUACUCGUCUGAUUCCAUCGGAGUUCGAACCCAGCUCUGCAUUUCAACA